AUGAGUGGAGAAAGUGUUAUGACUAAUACGGAAAGUAAGAUCCAUUACCGAUUAGUUAACUCUGAAGAAAAAAUCCGAAUCAAAAACAAUGAUAAGUCUAUUGCAGCUUUAAAAGGCAAGAAUAUGCUUUAUGAUAGUCCCGCAGUUAACAAUAAAUAUUUUGGCAAAGCAUGGAAAAAUCGAAAUAAUUUUUCUGAAUACAAAAGAAAGAUUAUGCUUAAAGAAAAAUUUGUUAAGCAACUUGGAAUGAAGAUAUCUGCUAAGCCUGACAAAAGUUUAGAAGAUCAAUAUGGACUAAUACGUAACAUUGAAGAUAUAAGGGCUAGAGAACAGGGUUACAAUUUGCAUGCAUUCAAUGCACUGGUAUCACAGAGGAUUGGAAAUCACAGGGGCCUGCCUGAUACUAGGAACAAAAUGUGUCGCAGUCAAGAAUUUAAGAAGAAGUUGCCAAAAGCCUCAAUAAUUAUAUGCUUUUAUAAUGAACACUUUGAGACUUUAAUGAGAUCCAUUCACUCCAUUCUGGAUCGUACAGAUCCUAAGUAUCUAAAAGAGAUAAUUCUAGUUGAUGACUUUAGUGAUAUAGAGGGAUUAAAUGAAAAUAUUGUGCAAGCAGUAAACAAUUUAAACAACAUGAUGAGGAAGGAGGAGGAAAUGUUAGAAACAAAUAACAUUGAUGAAACUCUGGUUGACUAUAUAAAUGAUGAUAACAAUAUUGAUAGUUUAGACAAGAAAUCUACUGUAAUGUCGAGAUUAAGGACUGGUUUACUUAUUCGACUAUUACGAACUAGUAAGAGAGAAGGUCUCAUCCGCGCUAGGUUAUAUGGAGCCGAAAACAGUGUGGGCGAAGUAUUAGUGUUUCUGGAUUCUCACAUAGAGGUUAACGUAGACUGGUUGGCUCCAUUAUUGUCACACCUCUCAGAGGACGUUGAUGGAUUAACAGUGCGUUACUCCCAUCGGGCUGUUGUCCCUAUAAUAGAUGUAAUUAAUGCUGAUACAUUUGAGUACACCGGAAGUCCCCUAGUUAGAGGAGGCUUUAAUUGGGGGCUGCAUUUUAAAUGGGAUAAUCUACCUAAAGGUACAGUCAAGGAGAAGGAAGAUUUUAUAAAACCUAUAAAAACACCUACUAUGGCAGGAGGACUGUUUGCAAUUUAUCGAGAGUAUUUCAAUUAUAUUGGCAAGUAUGACUCUGGUAUGCAUGUGUGGGGUGGUGAAAACUUAGAAAUAUCCUUCAGGAUUUGGAUGUGUGGUGGAGUCUUAGAACUCAUUCCGUGUAGUAGAGUUGGUCAUGUGUUCCGUAGAAGGCGACCAUAUGCCCUCCGUGAAAAAGAAGAUUUUAUGGUACAUAACUCUAUGCGUAUGGCAAGGGUUUGGAUGGAUGAAUAUGUUAACAAAGUUAUAGAACUCAAUCCGAGGGCAGCGAACAUACCUAUUGGUGAUAUCUCUGAUAGGGUUCAAUUAAGAAAGCGUCUUAACUGUAAAUCUUUCAAAUGGUACUUGGAAAAUGUAUACCCUGAGUUGGAGACUGGUGAGGACUCAGUUGCUAAGAAGAGGAUGGCUGCACUUAAUGAUCCAGAAAAGAAUAAGUUUCAACCGUGGCAUUCUAGGAAGCGCAACUAUACUGAUUCAUUCCAGAUACGUAUGCAAAAUUCAACUUUAUGUGUUCAAGGCGCAAAGGACAUUAAGACUAAAGGUAGCGGAUUGGUUCUGGCUAAUUGCAUGAGGACAUUGAACCAGAUGUGGUUCGAAACUGACCGUCACGAAUUAGUCCUGGGGCGUACUCUCUGCUUGGACGCGACUAACGGCGUGGCGCCCAUCCUUGGGAAGUGCCACGAGCUCGGCGGCACUCAGGAGUGGAAGCACAAGGGAAUGCCUGGGAGUCCGAUCUAUAAUACAGCUGCCGGCAUGUGCUUGGGAACAGAGCGGGCAUUUCGUGGCGAACCCCUGUUCAUGGUUAUUUGUAAUAGCCUUCCCACAAACCAAUGGGAUUUCGUUCGUUCU